CUCGGACUCUCCUCCGUGCAGGAGCUGGUCACAGAGCUGCACAUGCAGUCCAUCUUCACUGACGUGGGGAAGCUGAGCCUGCAGGACCCCGCCCACAGCGCCCUCAUCCCCAGCUCGGCGGGAACCACGGCGAGUCCCGGCACGUCGUUCGCCUGGCUCAGUUACCACGGAGAUGCACACUUCGCUCUGGCUUCUCCUGCAGGAGGCAUCACGGUGGUCACCCUGCCGCCGCCCGAUUCUCAGGGCAACGUGUCGGUGCUGGAGUUGAAGAGGAGCUCUGUGAUGCAGCGGCUGUCCGGGUGGAUGCCCACGGCGAUCCGCGGCGAGCACAGCCCGGCCGACCUGGUGCUCAGCCUCGCCGUGCGGGAGCUGGAGGAAGACUCCUUCAUCUUUGCGCUGUGUCAGGACCACCGCCUGCGCAUGUGGUCGCUCAGGGAGCACGGCUGCCUGCUGGAGGCGGACAUGUUGGAGUACAUGCCGGCGUCUAAGGGUGUGAAGCGCCUGCCGGGCCACGGUCACCGCCUGCGCCUGGCGUUCUCCUCCACCACAGGCUUGUGCGUCUGCGUCUACCUCGCCGUGCCUCAGCGGGGGCAGUUCACCGUGCUGCAGCUGGUCGCCACAGACAACAACCGCUACAGCCUCGAGCACAUCUCCACGCUGUUCAGCACGCAGGAGACGCUUGUGGACUUCACGCUGACCUCCUCGGACAUCUGGGCUCUGUGGUUAGACGAAUCCAACGCCACCGUGGUCAAAUACAUCAGCUUCGAGCACAACACGGCGGCUCAGUGGAACCAGGUGUUUGUUCAGCCUCCACCCGAAGAGGAAAUCCACAUCGGCGUGGACCUGGACCCCCGGGAGACGUAUCUCGAGGUUCUCUUCUUCGCCGUGGAUCACCUGUACCUUUCCCACGACCAGUACCUGCUCUCAGAGGAGGAGACGCCAGUCGCAGAAGACCCGGAGGCGGGGCGGGAUGUCCUGCAGCUGGUUCAGUGCCUGCGGCUCAUCAGCGACGCCGUUUCUGCAGAGAUGGCGUACGAGAUGGAGAAAGCUCUGGAGUACCUGCAGGCGCCCGAGAGAGCGGCCGAGCUCGUCCUGGAGAACCUGCUGUGCAACGACAGCGAUAACGUGAUCGUGGACGUCCAGAACAAACUUCAGGAUGUCAGAAACCCGACGGCCGCUAUGAUGGUCCUGCUGAGAGAGAUGGACCUGGAGACGGACUCCGAGGUCAGCGCGGACGGACUCGUGGCGCCCGGUCAGAGCCUGAACGUAAGGAUCGGCCUGUCUCAGCUGUACAGCGGCAGCGCGGCGGUCUCUGUCGUCUCCCAGGCCGUGUGUCACGUGGCCAUGACCAGAGCGCUGUUCUGCAGAGACCUGCUCAUCCUGCAGAAGCUCUACCUGCGCUUUGGAGACAAUGUGUUUCUGGGUGGGGGGGCUCAGCUGCUCCAGCUGCAGCAGGACCUGAUCCCUCGGACCUCGCAGCUCCUGUCCUCCUAUCAUCUCCUCAAACACGUCAGCCAGAGCCUCGCCUCCUCCGUGCCCAUCAGCACCAUAGACGCCAACCUGCAGCACCUCACCGUGUUGGAGCUGUCGGACACGCCCACCAUGACCUCUGGACGAUCAGCUCUGAACCCUCAGACCGUUGUGGAGCUCUUCUAUCAGACGGCGGCUCGCCGACUCAUCGUGUCUCAGCUGUUCUCGAACCAGCAGGGCGGCGCUCUUCCAGAUGUGCACAGCUGUAAUCGUUGUCCACGUGUCGUCCCCCUGCAGGAGUACGUGCGUCUGAUUGGUCCGUGGUGCCAGGUGAACAUCGCCUCUUGUCGUUUCAUGCUGGCUCAGUGUUACCUCGCCAACGGUGAAGGCCAGAAGGCUCUGCGGUGCUUCCAGGAGGCGGCAACGGAGGUGGAGAAGGAGGAGUUUCUGAUGAGGUUAACUGGAGGCGAGGACGAAGACGCCGCAGUCGCCCCUGCCACACCCCGACUGCAGUACUACAACAAGGUGCUGCGUCUGCUGGAGGACGUCGGUCUGCCCGAGCUCGUCAUCCAGCUCGCCACUCUGGCCAUAACGGAGGCCGUCGGCGAUGUCAGCAGUCAGGCGGCGCUGUGGACGCGGAUAUUCAAACAUCACCUGGACCUCGGACACAACAGCGAGGCAUACGACGCUCUGACACAGAACCCCGACGGCAGCAUGCAGCUGGACUGCCUCCGUCAGCUGGUGGUGGUGCUGUGUGAACGCUCGCAGCUGCAGGAUUUGGUCAACUUCCCCUACGUCAACCUGCACGACGAGGUUGUCAGCAUCAUUGAGUCUCGGGCCCGGGGACUCGACCUGCUCACCCACAACUACUAUGAGCUGCUGUACGCCUUUCACAUCGCUCGCCACAACUACCGCAAAGCGGGGACGGUGAUGUUCGAGUUUGGGAUGCGUCUCGGUCGGGAAGUCCGGACCCGCCUCGGCCUUCAGAAGCAGGUGAACUGUUACUUGGCUGCUCUCAACUGUCUGCGCCUCAUCAGGCCGGAGUACGCCUGGAUCGUCCAGCCAGUCUCCGGGGCAACGUACGAGCGUCCAGGUGCGUCUCCGAAGAGAAACUCUGACGGAGAGUUUCCUGCUGAGCCAGUCAAGCGGCAGGUGGAUAUCCUGGAGGUCAGAGACCUGGAGAAGGAGUACAUCCUGUCUCGCAGCCGGCUCACCCUCGCCCAGCACCACCCGCCCUCCGCUGCUAUCGCAGCUGCUUACCCUGACCAUCAAAAAUGA